AUGUCUGAAAGCAUUGGAGCAAGGACCAGCAAAUCAGAGUGUGAGGGAGGGGCUCCCGCCCGAGUGGAGGGUUCAGUCAGUGCAGAGCAGCAGUCUUCUAAUGCUGGGGAGGAAAGGACUAACAGAGCUGGCUAUAAAAGAGGGCAAAAGGGAGAUCUUGGUGACCCAGGAAUAGCUGGACCUGCAGGGCAGAAAGGUGAACCUGGUAUCCCAGGACCAAAUGGGCCAAAAGGGCAGAAGGGAGAUUCGGGCAUCUUGCACGUGAGGAGCUGUAAGGAGCUGUUGGAUCAGGGAGAGGUCCUAAGUGACUGGUACACAAUAUACCCAGAUGGCGAGCGACCCCUGAAGGUGCUGUGUGAUAUGCACACCGAGGGAGGAGGCUGGAUUGUUUUCCAGAGACGCUGGGAUGGCUCAGUGGAUUUCAACCGUAAAUGGAAGGACUACAAGAUGGGUUUUGGCAGCCAUCUCAAUGAGUUCUGGUUGGGGAAUGAUAAUCUUUGCAAUAUAACGUCAUCUGGGAUUUGGGAACUCCGUAUAGAUCUCAAGGACUUUGAAAACACAAAUAACUAUGCCAAAUAUUCGUCCUUCCAAAUACUGUGUGAGAACGAAAGAUACAAGUUGUUGCUUGGAACAAUGAAGGAGGGAAAUGCAGGAGAUUCCUUGGGCUAUAGCAAUGGCUUGUUGUUCAGCACCUAUGAUCAAGACAACGAUGCUAGUUGGUCAAGAAACUGUGCUAUGGAACGUUUUGGAGCCUGGUGGUACGGUGAAUGCAGCGAAUCCAAUCUGAAUUCAUUGUAUCUCAAGGGGUUUCAUGAAGACUUCUCUAUUGGCAUCAACUGGGACUCCGGCAGAGGAUAUCAAUACUCUUAUGAACACUGCGAAAUGAAGAUUAGACCUGUGUAGCCUGUGUAGCGAAGUCAACAUUCUAUCAGAAAGAAUUGUUAAAUGGAAAUGAAACCUAACAUGCUUCUUUCAUGAUUCAUAUGGAACAUACAAUUUUGACCAAUUUUCCAAUUUACUUCUAUUUGCUUCAUUCUUUUCGACUCCUUUGUUGAAGAAGCAGCAAUGCGCUACUGGGAGCUAGCUAAGCGCAUUGGGUGAGCCAAUAAUAUGAGGCAUAUAUGUGCAGCCAGCCAUCAGCUGCUCCUGAGUCUACUUAAGUAUCCUUUUCAACAAAGAAUACAAAGAGAACAAAACAAAUUAGAUAAUAUAAGUAAAUUGUUUCAUAUCACGUGCUCAACCUGAAUUGUGAAAAAAAAACUGGGUUUCAUGUCCCUUUAAAGGGACAUGAAACUCAAAAUAUUUAUUUCCUGAUUCAGACAGAGCAUGUAAUUUCAAACAACUUUCAGAUUUGCAUUUAUCUAAUUUGCUUCGUUAUUUUAACAUCUUUUGUUGAAAAGCAUACCAAGGUAGGCUCAGGAGCAGCAAAGCACUACUGGGAGCUAGCUGGUGAUUGGUGCCUUCUCACAUAUAUACCUCUUGUGCUCAAGUUAAGUAUUCGGCUAGCUCCCAGUAGUGGAUUUCUGAUCCUUCAACAAAAGAUACUAAAAGAAUGAAGCAAAUUUGAUAAUAGAUGUAAAUUGAAAAAAAAAUAAUCUUAUGCUCUAACUGAAUCAUGAAAGAAAACAUGUGGGUUUCGUGUCCCUUUAAUGCUCUUAUACUAUAGGAACUUAAUGUGAAAAACAGCACUAUCAGUUUGCCUUAUCAAAUUUCAAAUAUUAAAUGCACGUUGUUUUAAUUAAAAAAAUCAUGAAAUCAA